AGGCAGAGAGGGCUCCAAGCACGAUGGUGCUGCGGUUUGAAGCCUCGUUCCCAGAUGGGCUGUGUCCUGGCUGGAACAUGAGAGUCAAAGGUGAAACCAGUUCCCAGGCAAAUGAGUUUCAGAUCAAUUUCCUCUGCGGUGCAGAUGAGCAGAUCGCGUUCCACUUCAACCCUCGCUUCAAAGACUCUGUGAUCGUCUGCAACUCCUUCCUCGACAACCAGUGGGGGCAGGAAGUGAUGGCGGACACCUUUCCACUAGAAGCCAAGCAUCCUUUCCAGAUUGAAAUCUCCUCUGACCAAGACUACUUCCAUGCUUUUGUGAACGACAGCAAAGUCCUUCAAUACGAGCACCGGCAGAAACAGCUCUCGGACAUCUCCAGAAUGCAGAUUCUGAACGACAUCCACAUUUCCUCCGUGGAGUUCACCAGACGUGGUCUCUACUAACGGGCGAAGCAGAACCGAAAC